UCCUCCAAGUGCUCCUUGGAAACCCUGUGGGGCAGUUCUAGUCUGUCCUACAGGAUUGUUACGAGUUGGAAUUGACUCAACGGCAGUGGGUAUAUCCUACGUGUUUUAGGGUAUUGUAGUCAGCACCAUCUCAACGGCAAGUAACAACAAUAGGUGGAUAGAUGGCUGCAAGAAAUUAACCAUCACCGGUAUUAAAUGCAGAGUCAACUUGGUGAUAGAGAGCCGCUCCGAACAACAGCCACCAACUUCUCUGUGUGACCACAAUUUUAGAGUCCAUGAGCAUGUUAGGCUGGAUAUAAUGCCAAAGUGCAAUUGCUGUUGUUGUUAGGGGCCAUCAGGUUGCUUCUGACUCAUAGUGACUCUGUGUACAAAAGAAGGAAACAUUGCCCAGUAAUUCGUCAUCCUUGUAAUUGUGGCUAUGCUCAUUUGAGCCCAUUGUUGCAGCCACUGUGGAGAUAGGCUUUAAUAAUUUCCACUUUUAUCCUAAAUUUUAUUAAUAUAAUUCUCAUAAUUUAUAUUUCUUUCUAUUCUCCUCUUUUAGGUAGCUGCUGGCAAACCCAAUGGGUAGAACAAAUCACUCUGUGGUGACAGAGUUUGUGUUCCUGGGACUGUCCAAUACCUGGGAGAUCCAGCUUGUCCUCUUUGUAUUCUUCUCCAUGUUUUAUUUGGCAAGCUUGUUGGGAAACUCCCUCAUUAUGAUCACUGUGAAUUCUGACCCUCACUUACACUCCCCCAUAUACUUCCUGUUGGCCAAUCUCUCCUUCAUUGACUUGGGUGUUUCUUCAGUCACUUCUCCCAAGAUGAUUUAUGACCUUUUCAGAAAGCACAAAGUCAUCUCCUUUGGUGGCUGCAUUGCUCAGAUCUUCUUCAUCCAUGUUAUUUUUGGUGCAAAGUUGGUGCUGCUGAUAGCCAUGGCUAUUGACAGAUAUGUGGCCAUUUGUAAGCCUCUCCACUACCUGACCAUUAUGAACCCACAAAUGUGCAUCUUCUUUUUAGUGGCAGCCUGGAUGAUUGGUCUUAUACACUCUGUGGUACAAUUGGCGUUUGUAGUAAAUUUACCUUUCUGUGGCCCCAAUGUGUUGGACAGCUUUUACUGUGACCUUCCUAGGUUCAUCAAACUGGCCUGCACAGACACCUACCGACUAGAGUUCAUGGCCAUGGCCAACAGUGGAUUCAUCUCUGUGGGCUCCUUCUUCAUACUGAUCAUUUCCUAUAUCGUCAUCCUUCUCACUGUUCAGAAACACUUUUCAGCUGGUUUAUCCAAGGCUCUGUCCACACUUUCAGCUCAUAUCACUGUGGUAGUUUUGUUCUUUGGUCCUUUGAUAUUCUUCUGUACAUGUCCGUCUUCCUCCACAAACCUGGAUAAGUUUUUGGCCAUCUUUGAUGCAUUUUUCACCCCUUUCCUGAAUCCUAUUAUUUACACUUUGAGGAAUCAAGAAAUGAAGGUAGCAAUGCAGAGAGUAUGCAGACAGCUAGUAAAUUACGGGAAGAUCUCUUAAGUGAUUGUAUUGUGAAGAGUCCUCAUUGAUUAAUGAAGUUUCAUUGCUGAUUGUCAAACUCACAGAGAAGCUUUUCUUUUCCUGACAUUUAGUUGAUCAUCUGGACACUGUUAUUUAGACUUUUGCUUCUUUGACUAGG